UAAAAGCGUUACGGGUGGAAUUAGGAGUAUUACACAGUUGCAAAGUCUUAGUUCAACGGGACUUAUUUUUUUUACUUUGAUGCAGUCAAAAUGUUCCUUAUAGAACAGAACAUCAGAGCCUGAAAAACUGUGAACCAUGACCUGGUGUGGGUUUUCACAAAUCCCUAUUUCAGCUGCUUUUCUUGUGACUGCACUACUAUCAUCAUUCAUAUUGAUAAGUGACCUACAUGAUCAGCACACAUCAACUGUAAGACUAACAUCACACCCACAAUUAAGAACAGAAGCUGUCCCAAACAACAGGGAUUUCCAUGUAAACAAGGCUAAAAACAUCACAAACACCUUCCCUGUGAAGGAACAACCGACUUAUUCCACUGCUGCUGAAAACAUCUGCAGUCUUCCAGUGGAAAAGCGGUUUGACUGUGCCCGGGAUCGAACCCUCACUCGGGAGGGGUGUGAGAAGCGAGGCUGCUGCUAUGUGCCCUUGCUUCAGUCUGCAUUCAGUGGCCCGCCGUGGUGCUUCUACCCUGUUUCUUUCCCUGGCUACAAAAUGGGACCACUUCUACCCACACCUAAGGGUCAGACAGCUAGCCUUACUCGGACCGCUCUGUCUUACCUUCCCGGAGACGUCUCCACACUUCAGCUUGAAGUGAUGUCUGAGGAACCAGGCCGCCUACACCUCACACUGAAGGAUCCUUUGUCUGCUCGAUAUGAAGUUCCCUUUGUCACAGUGCCACCCAGCAGACCUGCAGACAAGCAGAGUCUCCUCUAUGAUGUAGAGUUUCAUCCAGAUCCGUUUGGCUUUGUCGUUCGUCGCAGAUCCAAUGGCCGAGUGUUAGUAAAUACCACCGUAGCACCGUUGUUGUUCGCUGACCAGUACCUACAACUCUCCACUUCUCUGGCCUCCUCUUUGGUGUCUGGAUUUGGGGAGCACUACACUCAACUUACUCUGGACCUCAACUGGACCUCAAUCACCCUGUGGAACAGAGACAUGGCACCGCACAGUGAUGCCAAUCUGUAUGGCUCUCAUCCCUUCUGUUUAGUACAGGAGGGUGAUGGUCAUGCGUAUGGUAUCUUCCUACUCAACAGCAAUGCUAUGGAAGUGGCAUUGCAGCCCAUGCCAGCAGUAACCUGGGUGACCAUAGGAGGAAUUCUUGACUUUUACAUCUUCCUAGGACCAGAUCCACAAAGUGUGGUGCGACAGUAUCAUGAGGUUAUCGGAUAUGCCAUGAUGCCACCCUAUUGGUCGCUGGGCUUUCAUCUGUGCCGCUGGGGCUACACCUCCAGCAAUGUAACAAGAUCUGUGGUGCAGCGUAUGCACCAGGCCCAGUUCCCUCUGGACGUACAGUGGAAUGAUCUCGAUUAUGCUGACAAGAAAAGAGUCUUUACUUUCGACCCUCAGAGGUUUGGAGACCUGCCUGAGAUGGUGCAAGAGUUUCAUCAGCAGGGGAUGAAGUACAUACUCAUUUUGGAUCCAGGCAUCAGUAGCUCAAGUCCUCCAGGUUCAUAUAAGCCCUUUGAUGAUGGAGAGCGGCGUGGAGUGUUCAUCAAAAACCUUACAGGACAAACGCUUAUCGGAAAGGUAUGGCCAGGUCCAACAGCGUUUCCAGACUUCACCAAUCCAGAAUGUGUAAGCUGGUGGAAAGAGUGUAUCAGUGACUUCCAUGCUACUGUGCCAUUUGACGGCCUCUGGAUAGACAUGAAUGAACCUGCUAGUUUUGUUCCAGGCUCUGUGCAUGGAUGCCCAUCUACCAACCUGGAGAACCCACCAUAUGUUCCAGAUGUUAUUGAAGGCCGGCUGAACUCAGGUACGCUGUGUAUGACCAGCCAGCAGGUGUAUUCUUCUCAUUACAAUCUGCACAACCUGUAUGGACUAACCGAGGCCAUCGCCACACACAGUGCGUUGCUGAAAGUGAGAGGCUCUCGGCCGUUUGUGCUGUCCCGCUCCUCUUUUCCUGGACUGGGCAGAUUCUCAGGACACUGGACAGGAGAUGUUAGGAGUGACUGGGAGCAGCUAAGAUAUUCCAUCCCUGCUGUGCUCCUGUUUGGACUUUAUGGAGUUCCUUUGGUUGGGGCAGAUGUGUGUGGAUUCGAAGGGGACACUAACGAGGAACUGUGUGUGCGCUGGACCCAGUUAGGAGCUUUUUAUCCAUUCAUGAGGAACCACAACGACAGACCUAAUGCUCCCCAGGAGCCAUACGUAUUUGGACAGGAGGCCCAGGCAGCCAUGAGGAACGUGAUAAUGCUGAGAUACUCUCUCCUGCCUUUUCUCUACACACUUUUCCACCAUGCACACACGUCAGCCAGCACUGUGGCUAGGCCACUGUUUUUGGAGUUUCCCUCUGAUCCAAACUGCCAGACCAUAGAUAGACAGUUCCUCUGGGGGAGCUCUCUGCUCAUCACUCCAGUCCUGGAACAGGGAGCAGUGGAGCUGGCUGCCUACCUUCCUCCCUCCCUGUGGUACAGCCUGCACAACGGACAACCGUACAACAGCAAGGGACAAUACCUUCUUCUCCCCGCCCCACUAGACACCAUCAAUGUCCAUGUGAGAGAAGGCCAUAUUAUUCCACAGCAGGUGCCGGCACUGACAACAUCUGCCUCAAGCCGUAACCCUUUCUUCCUGACGGUAGCACUGUCCUCAGGGGGGUGGGCCAAAGGAGAGCUGUUCUGGGAUGAUGGGGACAGCUUGGACACAUUUGAGCGUGAAGAUUACUCAUAUAUCAUCUUCAUGGCAGGACAGUCACAGUUGGUGAGUGAGCCAUUAAAACUGAAUGGAGCUCUGGAUGGUUUAGUCCUGGGAGAAGUGCGUGUAUUUGGAGUUCCAACCCCUCCAUCAAAAGUAUUAGCUAACGGGAAACAAGUGACUGAUUUUUCCUACCGCUCGGACACUCAGGUUCUAACAGUGUCUAACCUGGCCUUGCUUAUGUCAGAGGCAUUUACCAUGCAGUGGAGCUGAUGAAACCUCUGGUGGCACAGUUCAUGUUUCAGUAUAUAAAGGAAUGACUGUCUGACCAAAUGAAUGACAUGAAAGACAUUUGUAUGCUGAACAUGUUGUUUGAAGGUUGCUGAACUUUUGUAAGCUUAAUAAAUUUGACAUAUUUUCUAUGAA